UACCCGUAAGGCUGAGGGGCUGUGAUAUACAAAGUGAGGUCUUAAAGUCUUACACAGCAGGUUCAUUCACCAUAGUCUCUCCUGUCCAAUCACAGUCAUGGACUGGGUCUAUUCAACACUCUGGCUGCUGGGUGUGUCUGCGUGUGAGUUUUGGGUUCCAGUCUCUUCUACAGUGAUUGGCUGUGGGGAACCUGAACCGUUGCUGAAUGGAAGGGUGAAGGUCAUAUCUGGCUCUCAGAACCAGCACCUCUCAGUCAUUCAGUACCACUGCAAUGAGCCGUUCUACACUCUUCCUGAAGUGGCUAAAAGAAACUUCACAUGCUCAUCAGACGGAAAGUGGAAAGACAGCCUGAAAAGCUCACUGAUUCCUCAAUGUAUUCCAGUGUGUGGUCAUCCUACAGUGAACCUCCCAGGGUUUGGAAGGAUUUUUGGGGGACAGCCAGCUCCAGCUGGAUCCUUCCCCUGGCAGGUGUUGCUGAGCACUAAUAGUAGAGGAGGAGGGAUAGUGAUCGGGGACCGCUGGAUCAUGACUGCAGCACAUGUCCUGCAUGGACAUACCUGGCAAGACGUUAGGGUAUAUGUUGGAGACAACAAUGUGCAAAAACUCACCCAGUCUCCACCUCUUGAGGUCACCUCUCUCCAUCUUCACCCUGAAUACAACAAGGUAGAUGGUGUAGAGUAUGACCAUGACAUCGCCCUGAUCCAUCUCCAACACCCAAUCACAUUCAAUGCUCAUGUCAUGCCACUGUGUCUGCCAGCAAAGGACGCUAAAUACCCGACUGGGCAGAAUGGCUUGGUGUCAGGAUUUGGCACCAUGGAGUUUGAUACAUCUACCAAUAACCUCAUGUAUGUUCCUCUACCUGUGGUGAACCAGACAAUCUGUAGAAAGUCUAUUGAAGGCAGAGAUGAAAGGAAAGGAAUUCCCAGUCUAACAGACAACAUGUUCUGUGCUGGGAAUCCUGAGGGAGGCAAGGACUCCUGUCAGGGGGACAGUGGAGGGGCGUACGUCCUGCGAAAAGCAGGAAACCUUCCUGGGCCUUUCUGGGCAGCAGGAAUCGUCAGCUGGGGUGUUGGAUGUGGACAGAGUGGAAGCUAUGGGGUCUACACUCGCGUGGCUAACUACGCAGACUGGAUCAAGAAGACCAUAGAGGAGGAAGAGCAAAAAACUAUCUGUGGAAGACCCAUGGUGUCCAUAGAAAUGCACCAAAGGAUUCUGGGAGGAGAGGUAGCUCCAAAAGGAACAUUUCCCUGGCAGAUGCUUCUCAGUGUGGAAGGAGGCCGAUCAGGAGGGAUGGUCAUCGGGGACAGGUGGAUCCUGACUGCUGCUCAUGGACUGGUGCAUCAACAUAACAACCAAGUCAUCAAGAAGAGUGAAGUUAUGGCAUUCGUUGGCAACAACAAUGUGGAAAACCUCCUUCAGUCUCCACCUCUUGAAGUGGCCUCUCUCCAUCCUCACCCUGGGUACAACAACACAGACGGUUUAUCCUUCAACCACGACAUUGCCUUGAUCAAGCUCCAACACCCACUCACAUUCAGUAGUUCCAUCAUGCGAGUGUGUCUGCCUGCAAAGGGUGCUGAAUACUCCACUGGACGAGUUGGCUGGGUUUCAGGGUUUGGCCUCAACGAUGAUGAUGAAAUGCCCAGUAACCUCAGGUAUGUCCGGAUUCCCCUGGUGGACCAGGUGAAGUGCAGAAGCUCUAUUGAUGAGGUGAGGAAGAAGAAGAGAGAAGCCCCUGAUUUGACAGACAGCAUGUUCUGUGCCGGGUUACCAGAGGGUGGAAAGGACACCUGUGCAGGGGAUGGUGGAGGGCCGUAUGUCCUGAAGUAUGGGGGAGUUUUCUGGGCAGCAGGGAUCGCCAGCUGGGGAAUUGACUGUGGAGAGCCAGGCCAAUAUGGGGUCUAUACCCGCGUAGCUAACUACGUAGAAUGGAUCAAGAAGACCAUGGAGGAUAAUUGAAAUGAUGGGUGUAUAAAUUAUGCAAGAAAUGUUUGAGUUUGUCGAGGAUAGCAGCAAAUAUAAAAUAUAAACAUGUUUUUUAUUAAAUUAAUGCUUUUCUGUAACUGAAGCAUAUUUAAUACA